UCGAUUAUCGAGUCGUUUGACUGUUCCGAUUGCUGGGAAGUUUCCCAGGCGUGUGACUGCUGAUGAAGCUGUUUCGUGUAUCACAUCCGAUAGCGACAUCUACGUACAUCCACAUGCAUCUACUCCUACCGAGCUGUUGGACGCAUUAUGUCGUCAUGUGAAGCGAAACAAUCUGUCUCGAAUACGGCCUGCACAUAUUAUCCUGCAGGGGCGAGUUCCAUGGACGGAUAAAGAGUACUGGGGUGAGUACCACUUUCCAAUACUCCCAUACCACAUUCGAAUGGCAUUGUAUUCAGGAAAGAUACGUUCAAAUUGCCUUUUUAUUUGUGGAAACCUGCGGCCACUUGUGAAUGAAGGAAAUGCUGAUUACAUUCCCGCGUUCCUGUCAGACAUCCCUCUAAUGUAUCACACUGGUGUUCUGUCAGCCGAUGUUGCGCUUAUCUCAAUCACUCCACCAGAUAGCCGAGGUUUCUCAAGUAUGGGUGUUGACAUCGAUUGCUCUAGAACAGCAACCAGUAGCGCGAAGAAAAUC